AUGUCUGACCUCCACUACGUAGGGAUCAGCUUUGGACUGAUCCUCGUCAUUAUCCCCACUGAAGUUAGGUUCCGACGCUACUACUACUCCCACCAUUUUACAAAACCUCUACACACCAACACCAACUCCUACAGCACCUACAAUGUCAUCAACACCAAUAACAACUACAAUGCCUACAACACUUACAAUGCCAACAGUACCAACAACACCGAAAAUACCAACAGCACUUACAAUGCGACCUACACCACCAACACCUACAAUAACAGCAGCAACACCAACAAUACCUACACCACCAACAGCGAAAACAUCAACAACACCUACAAUGCCAACAACACCUACAAUACCAACAUCGCCACACCAACAGCACUGAAGGUCAAACCAGAGCCCACAUGA